CGAAGCGCCCAUAGUGUGUGUGACUCGAGCGCUUCGCCUCAAAACUGAGUUGGCUUGACUCGCCGGGCCCCAGCUUUCCCCACAACCACCAUGGCCUCCUUCGUCGCCCGCUCUGCUCUUCGCGCCGCUCGCCGUGCUCCUCGCGUCGCCGUGCAGGCGGUCGCCAAGCCCUCCCAGAGUGCGGCGUACUCUGUCCUUGCGAAGACCGCGGCUGCUACGUCGGCGAAGAGGACCUCGGUCACGGGUGCGCGUGGCGUGAAGACCCUCAACUUCGCCGGUACCGACGAGGUUGUGUACGAGCGCAGCGACUGGCCGCUCGCCAAGCUCCAGGACUACUUCAAGAACGACACGCUCGCCCUGAUCGGCUACGGCUCGCAGGGCCACGGCCAGGGAUUGAACGCACGCGACAACGGCAUGAACGUCAUCGUCGGUGUCCGCGAAGGCGGCGAGAGCUGGAAGCAGGCGCAGGAGGACGGCUGGGUGCCGGGUCAGACGCUCUUCCCGAUCGAGGAGGCGAUCAAGCGCGGGACGAUCGUCAUGAACCUGCUCUCGGACGCGGCGCAGUCGCAGACGUGGCCGACGAUCGCACCGCUGAUCACUAAGGGCAAGACGCUCUACUUCUCGCACGGCUUCUCGGUUGUGUACAAGGACGACACGCACGUCGUUCCCCCGAAGGACGUCGACGUCAUCCUCGUCGCGCCGAAGGGCUCCGGCCGCACAGUGCGCACGCUCUUCAAGGAGGGCCGCGGCAUCAACUCGAGUGUGGCUGUCUGGCAGGACGUCACGGGUAAGGCCAAGGAGAAGGCUGUUGCGCUCGGCGUGGCGGUCGGCUCGGGCUACAUGUACGAGACGACCUUCGAGAAGGAGGUGUACUCUGACCUGUACGGUGAGCGUGGUGUGCUCAUGGGCGCCAUCCAGGGCCUCUUCUGCGCGCAGUACAAGGUGCUCCGUGCCAACGGCCACACGCCGUCUGAAGCCUUCAACGAGACCGUUGAGGAGGCGACGCAGUCGCUCUACCCCCUGAUCGGCCAGCGCGGCAUGGACUACAUGUACAACGCGUGCUCGACGACUGCGCGUCGCGGCGCGCUCGACUGGGCCAAGGCGUUCGAGGAGACGAACACGCCGCUGUUCGAGAAGCUCUACGAGAGCGUGCGCAACGGCACGGAGACGCGCCGCAGCCUCGAGUUCAACGGCCGGUCGACGUACCGCGAGGACCUCGCGAAGGAGCUGAAGGAGAUCGACGACCAGGAGAUCUGGAGAGCUGGCAAGGUUGUGCGCUCCCUUCGCCCGGAUAACCUAUCGUGAGGUGGUGGAGCUGUCUGCGGGGCGCGUCGCUCCGACCCAAAAGCAUUACGAUGCACUGCUUGAUUGUACCUAGUCGUUUGCUUACACAAGAGACUGAGAGUGAAAGUACGCUAAACAUGGGUGAAUGGUGAGAAACAAGUGCUGCCCGUCUGUACAUAUACAGUCGUUGUAUAGAAAGAAGGGCGAGCGUAUAUUCGACCGAACCCAAACAGCCUAGGAUGUGCAUUGCGACAUGUACAUAGGAGUCCGAG